AAUUGACAUUAUUUUACGACAAUUGAUACGGUUACCUAAUCGAUAGCUAUUAUGUGGCGGCUAAGAAGCAAUCUUCGUGCUCCUCGUCACCCACCCCCAGAUCUGCGUAUCUGACAUAUGAUUCGCUUCGGGAAAAGAUUGGAACCUUACGCGAAUGAUGUAAGUCGUAAGAGCUAAGAGCAAAAGCGUAACGAAGUGAAGAGAGAAACAGAGAAAAGCGAAGAAGAUGUUCGGCUUCCCUUGGAGAAUUCUACUCCUCUUUCUGCUGGGUGCCUGUUUUUGUUUCUGCUCUACGGAUCUUGCCAGAUCCGCGAGAGCCAUUAAGGGACGAUUUCGAACAUCUUACGCUGCAUGGCGUGUCAUGCUGUGUCUGACACAGCCACAGAGCUCGCUGAAGACAGACGUGCAGAAGGCAUGGGAGAAGGCGAGGCUGGAGUCGUCUCACGCGGAUAUGAACGUAUCUUUCAUAGAGGCACCACCAAAGACAGACUCGCUGUCCCACCCUCUGUCAUUGUUAAACAAAUUCUGCAACGAUGUCAAAGGUGGGAAGACCGUGUUGAGCCUCAUCAUCGGAGGAGGAUCUGCGGCCAAAUUUCUCGUGACAGCUGCAGCUUCAUUAAACAUUCCAGUCUUGUGGCUACCAUUCACUCACGAGGAUUUCCUCAGACAGGGGAAUAUCGGUCAAUACGAAAGUCGAGUAGGUUCCAGUACGAAGGAAGUGGGAGCGGCUGCCGCUGCCUUGAUGCACAGAGCAAACUGGCACGCAUUCACUCUCCUCAUAGACACCACCUUGCUACCAAUGACUCAUCUUUUACACGCGAAUCAAACAACGUUAACGCCUAGAACGAUUAUACACCUUCCAACGAACGACAAGACCUUGAAGAUGAGAUUGAGGAGAGUUGCCGAGGAGGGUGGCAGCGGAGGAAUCAUAGUGAUGGCUUCAGACUUGAACACCGCGCGAAAAAUCUUAACCGUGGCUGGCAAAUACGAGAUGCUCGCGGGUAGAUUUCUGUGGCUCUGGUUGGACUUGAAAGCGGAACUGAGACCUACCGAACCAAAUGUAAUCAGCUCUCACAUUAUACACAGCUCAAGAUCGUCGAUAGCAACGAAUGAAAAUCCUUCACCCGUGCAGAGUAUAAGCCGAAACGCGAAUCUCGUAGCAGAGAGCCAGUUGUCGUUGAAUUCUUUGCCCAGUUUGGCCAACGACAUACAUCGACUGCAAGAGUACAGGUGGCAAAGCGAGAGGUCUGUGAAUAAACAGGAAGACAGAAGCUUUAAUUUCGACGACGACGACGAUAUUAGGAUAACGGACAAAGAUUUGAACUCGAAGGACUUUAUGCCAGUUGGUAUGCUAGUGUUGAGACCUUCUGGCAUAAAAUUAAUGGGCAACGACCCUAUAUUAUCCAGAAUGAUCAGGGAGACCUCUCAGGCGUUGGACGAAACGUUUUUAGAAGUGAAGCCGAGGCUAAAUCGUUUAGGAGAGGCCCAGCUCGACGAGAACUUCAUACCGGAGUGUUUUCCAAAGAGCAACGCCAAAUUCCUGACGAGCAAAGUGAGGCACAAUGUUUCCAAGACUCUGACUCAGAAAUUACGGUCAUCGGUGAGUCAACUUUCCAAAGAGAAAGCCAAGUUCCAUUUGCUGAACUUGCAGGCCAUAAGAUUCCCUGGGAACAAGACUCAAUUGAGAUGGACCAAAGUCGGCACAGUGAAAGGUGGGAGAGAGGUUCAUCUGGACACGAUAAUCUGGCCAGGCGGUGGAAUCGUGCCAGCGUAUUUGGAACAAGGUGGCGAGAAGAUCGGCAUGCCGAUGUAUCGCAUAGUGACAGCACUGGCACCGCCGUUCACCAUGGUUACGAAUCUGCAAGAGGGUCUUUGCCUGAGAGGGCUGUACUGUCGUCAAGAAGACACCCUAAUGUGUUGUUACGGUCUAAGCAUGGAUCUGAUGUCCCUGGUAUCGCGCGAAUUAGGAUUCCGUUACGACCUGUAUCUAGUGAACGACGGCCUGUUCGGCAAAAGGAACGGUAGCACGUGGAACGGGAUUAUGGGAGAGCUGGUGAACGGUCGAGCUCAAUUAGCCUUCGCACCACUCAGCGUGUCUGCUCGCCGAGCGGAGGUGGUCGAUUUCACGACGCCGUACUACUUCAGCGGUGUGAGCUUCCUCACCGCGCCAAAGCUCAAGUCCGAGAUCUCGCUGUUCGCUUUCCUGUUCCCGUUCAGCAUGGAACUGUGGAUCGCCGUUUUCACGUCACUGAACUUCACUGCCAUAGCAGUGGCACUGUAUGAAUGGUUCAGCCCAUUUGGCCUGAACCCAUGGGGUAGACAACGAAGCAAAAACUUUUCGAUAGCCUCUGCUUUGUGGGUGAUGUGGGGUCUUCUUUGCGGGCAUUUAGUCGCAUUCAAGGCACCGAAGUCUUGGCCUAACAAGUUUUUAAUCAACAUUUGGGGCGGUUUCUCCGUUAUAUUUGUGGCCUCGUACACGGCUAAUAUAGCUGCCCUCAUCGCGGGCCUCUUCUUCCACCCCGCAGUGAGCAAUUACCACGACAAAAGCUUACUGUUGCAAAAAGUUGGCGCGCCAAGGGCAUCCGCUGCCGAGUACUACGUACAGAAAGCAAACACGCAGUUGUGGUCUCACAUGGCCAGAUAUUCCUUGUCGAACAUCGCCGAGGGCGUGGAGAGAUUGCGAAACGGUAGUUUAGAUAUACUUAUAGCUGAUACUCCUAUUUUAGAUUACUAUCGGGCGAUAGACGACGGUUGUCGGCUACAAAAAAUCGGGGACACCAUAAACGAAGACACGUAUGCCGUUGCCCUCACCAAGGGCCAUCCUUUGAAAGAAAGUAUAUCUAGAGUUAUAGCCAAUUACACGAGCACUGGACUAUUGGAUAUCCUGCAAGAGAAAUGGUAUGGUGGUUUGCCCUGCAUUCGAGGAAGGGAAGGAAUGGAUGCCGGCAUUGAGCACGAACAGGGUGGGCAACCCAGACCACUGGGUGUGGCCUCUGUCGCCGGCGUAUUCUGUCUCCUGGGGAUGGGCGUUGUCCUUGGUACAAUUAUUUUAGCUGGGGAACACUUGUUUUACAAAUACACGUUGCCCAGAUUGAGGCACAGACCGGAGGACUCUAUAUGGCGCAGCCGUAACGUGAUGUUCUUCUCACAGAAACUCUACAGAUUCAUCAACUGCGUGGAACUGGUGUCGCCACACCACGCUGCCAGAGAACUGGUCCACACAGUACGGCAGGGACAGAUUGCCUCCCUGUUUCAGAAAAGCGUCAAACGAAAGGAACACGAACAGCGCCGAAGGCGCAAAAGCAAGGCACAAUUCUUCGAAAUGAUACAGGAGAUUCGAAGAGUCCAACAGGAGGAGAAGAUAGAGACUGUGUCGGAGGAGCAAGAGAAGGUGAAAGAGAAAGAAGAGAAAGCUGUAAAGGGAAGGGAACGAAGCAAGAGCAAGAGCCCUCUGAUGCCUCGCAGUCCAAAGAGAUCAGAGAAGAGCAGAAGUUCCAUCAACUUGUCCAGUUCCAGGCUGGGAUUGUCACCGAUCAGUCUGGAGGCUCCUAUGAAGCCUAGAGAAUUCACUCUGAGCAGCACCAACCUCAGGGCAAGGAGUCCUCUGGAAACGGUGGGUCGUCGUUUAAGCCACGGUGACGGUGGAUCACCACCACCGCGUCUGGGCUCGAAUUUCGGUGGUAGCGCGACGCUGAGACCCUUGGCACCGACCAAGAGCGACUCCACCGGAAGUACAACACCAACGGUCAGAGGCGAGUCCACCGGAGGAAGUGUGCACACACCCAGAUACGCGAGGAGUCCAGCAAAACGAGGACAAUCAUUCCCAGUGUUUGCCACAUUGAGGCCACCGCACUCGUCCAGUUACCAAAUGUCCAAGAGCCCAUUGCUGUCUCCUAAUAACGAACUAACAUCCGCCAUCGGACGGAAGCUGUCCCGUGAAUGGGGAUCCGGGACUCUGGACAUCAGCAGAUCUUCCGAGACGGUCGCUGGCGGCUGUUCCUACACACUGAACCCGGAGAUGACGUUAUCCCUGGGGCGGCCGUCUCACGAGAAGAUCCAGGACGACGCUCUGCCCAUCAAGAAACCUAUAAGAAGAGCCAGGAGCCAUGAGAACAGAGACACGGGCAAGUUGAUGGCUGAUCUACCCUCACCGAGACUCACCGCCCAACCGGUAGUAGGAGGCCGAUCGAAGCCAUUCAAGAGUAUCCCAUACAAGAAGAAGUAUUAUUGUUACAAAGUGAUUUCCAUAAAUUUCUUUCAAUUGGAUAACAAUGAAAAAUGACUGGCUUGCUUGCAACGGCAGAUUCAGGAAGUAAUCAAAAUACAAAGAUAUAGGGGGCCAGUUUAGAGUCACCCGAGCCUAACAUAAAUCAAAGAUAGACUUAUUAAAUUAAUUAAUAGCUGUAACAUUCUUUAAUAAGUGGGUUCUGCCAAUAAUUUAGUUCAGUAGUGAUCACAUAUAUUCUUUUCCCUCGAUUUAUUCUGGAAUGCAUAACAAAAGAAAAAGAAAAGAAAGAAAGAGAGAGAAAGAGAGAGGAGAAAGAAGGAAAGAAACCUGUCUUCUGAAAGUCCUUGUACAUAUAUGUCUUCUACUCUAGAUACCUGAAGAGGCAUUAUUGCACUGAAUUAAAGGUCGAGCCCCCUACUUCAUUGUGCGCCAACAAGAACCUGUACAGCAUAUGAACAUUUUAUGGAAAGAUCAGAGCAAAUUUUGUCAGUAACUUCUGUCUUUAUCACUCAAUUGCAAAUCAAAUAUUAGAAAAAUUACUACAUGCGAUAAUCAAAAGAUCUGAAUCGGCCUAUUUAAGAUAGGAAGAAAUAAAAUAUAUUUUAUUCUCCUCGGUUAAAUUACUAGAAAAUUCUUGCAUCUUUCGGUGCUCUUUUCUUUCCAUCUGCAAAAUUAGUAUCACGAAGUGUUCUCAUUCAUUAAUAAGACUCACAAAAUAGAAACAAUAGAUUUACAAACUUUCGAAAAUUCAAACGAAAUGAAAGAAAUAUUUAUCGCUUGAUAAUAAUAAAUCUAACAUAAAUUUGUGCGACUCAGUUAUUAGAAAUAACUAGUAAUUAAAGUAUUAUUAACAUCCUAAUAGAUUUAACACAUUAUUCCCAUAUGUCUAAUGGCAAUAAGAUUAUUCUACACUAUAAAACACUGCCAUAAUUUCAACUAUUGUUAUAUUGCUUUUAAGAUCCUGCCAAAUAAUAUCAUCACGUUAGAUGCUGUAAUGUAUCGAACACAUUCUUCAAGGGUCUCUUAAAAACAUUAGAAACUUUUUAACGAAGAACAAUGUUUCAUUACACAUUGCAAAAUUAAAUCAAGAAAGAUAUUUCUUCUUUGAGUUCGCAACAGGAUAUUUGGAUUUGUUGCUUAAUUAUGAGAACAUUUCCAAUGUGAAUUCCAACAGAAUACCAACAAAUUAACAGAUAAGAACUGUUAAAUGCUAGUAGUUUGUUAGUUCAUUGAAUUCUAUGCAUAAAAAAAAUGUCUCAAUUCACAGAUCAAGGUUCCUACUAUCCUUGAAAUUUAUUUUUUCAACAAUUACAGCGGAACUUUGUACAUUGUGAAGAUUUACUAGUAAGCCUCUCUUGACUGCAUAGAAUGCAAUGCUAAAAAAGAAAAAGAAAAAAACUAAAGCUCAAUAUACUUUGGUACUGCUCUUUCAUUUUGCGAAUAGUAAGAGUAAAAACUACCAAGAUUUAAUUUAUAAAUCUAUACCAAGGAAUAAUCAUUGCUUUAAAAAGAUCUUCAAUUUGGUAGAUCAAUCAUUACUUACGUUGCAUUAAAGUUGCUCAAGCCAGGACAUAAACGUAACGCGUACAACUUUAAGGGAACGAAGUAUGCAUUGAAAAAAAAUCAUAAGAUAGAAAAUUACACGAAGUAGUUGUAAAAAUCACAGAGUUUCUGUUCACGACGGUGACUUGUUGGCGUACGGUAUUAGGUUAGGUUCCUCGUAACCUACCUCGUCUCUCUUGUUACGCCUACUAUUAUACUGUUAUUGUUGAAAACUCCAUAUUAAUAAGAAAUAAAUAUAUUGUCUCAAAAUGAACGUCGUCGCUGGUUCCUUUCAAUUUCGUCGAAACUCUUAACGUCAACCUAUAACCUCGUCGUCUCACGACUCUUACAUAAUUAACUCAUGAAUAUGCAACGAAAAAUCCGUGAUUGUCAUUGUUGUUUAUACUUGCAAACCUUUCCAACAACCUUCCCAAUAUUUACCUUUCAACUUUGCCAAAAUCAUGUAGAACGCAAGUGUACACACAUAACCUAACAAACAUUUGAUACAUUUAAAGAAAUCUCCAGACGAGAAAAUGCGAGCCAGAGAAUUUACAGGACGUGUUGGUUCAAAGAUGCACGAACGGUUUCAAAGGUAGGUACCGAAGUGGAUAGUUAUCUAUGUGCUUGAUCAUCACAGCGAAAUAAAUGCAAGUCAUUCGCGUCAUCUACGAUCACGAGUGUUGUGCUUCACGGCCGAACUUGUAUUUGUUUCGUGCGCAGCUACUCGUGUGGUAACCAUAUACUUAGACAUUCUGGUUCACUUAUUACCUUAUUAUCGAGGCACGACCGAAUUGCUUGCAAUUACAGUGGCAUGUAAAUACAGACGUGUUCCGCUGUUUGUCUUCCAACAGUAAUUGUUUCUUUGCCUCACGUAUCCGCGGUUUUUGCCGCCCAAAUUCUUGCAAACAUGCAUAUGAAACACUGAUGUAUAUAUUACCAAGCAUGGGUGGUACGUAGAGUUUUCAUUCAGAAGCCGAUUUCGAGUAACAAAGAACAAUCCUUAUCAACGUCCUUAAGCAAUGUGUUAGAAUAAGCGUCGAGAACGUAUGG